ACCCUAGUUCCCCUUUCACUCUAAACCCCUCUCUCUCUCUCUCUCUCUCUCUCUCUCUCUCAAGCGAAGCAGCUGCAUUUCCAAUGGCAAAAGGGUCGGACAAAGGGUCACGACAGGUAAUCUCCCAUGUCUAUUCUGGAAAAGCAUCUGAAGUUUCGAGGACUAGUUGCAAGGCUACCACAGCCUUCAAAAGGCCAUCUGAGCAAUCGCAGGCCUAUGAGAGAACUACUAGGGUCAAGCACGAGGAUAAGCAGAGCGGCAAUUAUGAACGCUAUACCAGAAAGGAGAAAGCCUCAAGCGGUGAGCGACAUGUGGAGAAAGGAAGUGGACGAGUUGGUGUGAAGGAUGAGUUCACAAAGCAAUCAACCAUCAAAAUUGGUAACAAAAGUGGCUACACUGAAUACCACACUGAAGAGAGGGUUCGAAAUGUCAACUUUGGCACUGGCAGUGGUGGCAGCGACGGAAAUGGUCCAAACAAUUGCUUGACAUACCAUGACAAUAGCAGUUAUGGUAACAAUAAUAGCAGUGGCGGUUACGGCAACAAUGGUGGUUACUAUGGCUACAACUAUGAUGAUGAUAACUCUGGCCCUGGCUAUGAUGACUACAGUGAUGACGAUUACUAGGAUCAGUCCCUUCAUCGUGAGAUGAUGCAGUCGUCAUUCUGAUCAGUAAUAUGGAGUUUCCUAAGUUCUUUAUGCUUUCUUAUGCUUGCUUUUAGUAUGGUAGUUCCUAGUACAUAUUUUGCUUUUUUUCUUUUUAGUUGUAAGUUGACUGACUGCCCUGCUUGAUCUGAUUAGCGGAAAUGUGCAGUUCUAUGCACUUGGUAAGAAUUUGGUGGCUGUUUAUAAUAUUAACCUC